GUUAAACGGGUUGAUAGCACGAAGACCGGAGCAGUCACAGGGAUUAAUUGUUAGUUUGUUAUCCUGUGUGAACAUUUUCCGUCGCUCUGAGGUAGCAUCAGUCAUGGCCAUUGGCCUUUUUAAGAAAAAGUGAGAGCGCGUCUGGAAAUCUGCACUGGUCCGCCUGAAGCUAGCUUAGCCAGGGGGAGAGAGGGCGGAGAGCUUCAGGAUAUUUUUUCCGCUGUGAAAGAAGUUAUUUGUUUAUGUUGUUCAACGCGGAUAUGUCCUCUUCAAAUCCAGACUUAACAGACCACAGUCUGGGUAUAGGAGCAAGUGGGACCCAGAACGGCGGGGCUGGUGCACCGAAAGGAACCAACAAAAGACGGGCCACGCAAGACUUUGAUGAAGAUGAAGGAAACAAGAUGAUGAGAUUUGAUGAUGAAACAGGAGGCUCCAACAAUGAAAAAGAGCGCUUUGCCAGGUUUCUGGAAGAAGAUCAGAGUUUUGCAGAUAAGGAAAAACUAGCCAGGGAGAAUCACAGUGAGAUUGAGAGGCGCAGGCGGAACAAGAUGUCUGCCUACAUCGGCGAACUGUCGGACAUGGUGCCCUCAUGCAGCGCGCUGGCUCGGAAACCAGACAAGCUAACCAUCCUGCGAAUGGCGGUCUCCCACAUGAAGUCUCUCAGAGGAAAUGCCAAUACUAAUGCGGAUGGGUCGUACAAACCUUCGUUUCUCACUGAUCAGGAACUAAAGCACCUCAUCCUGGAAGCAGCAGACGGCUUCCUGUUCGUGGUGUCAUGCGAGACGGGCCGCAUCGUUUACGUCUCGGACUCGGUCACACCUGUUCUCAACCAGUCGCAGUCCGAAUGGCUGGGCGCCUCUCUCUACGAUCAGCUCCACCCAGACGACACAGAAAAGCUAAGGGAGCAGCUCUCCACCUCAGAGAACAACAACACAGGGAGGAUGUUGGAUCUGAAGACGGGAACUGUGAAAAAGGAGGGUCAGCAGUCAUCAGCUAGAAUGACUAUGGGAGCACGUCGAUCGUUUAUCUGUAGAAUGAGGUGUGGCACAUGCCCAGUGGAACCAAUGUCCAUGAACAGACUCGGCUUUCUCAGGAGUAGAAACAGGAAUGGUUUAGGAACGCCCAAGGAAGGGGAGCCCCAGUAUGUUGUGGUCCAUUGUACAGGAUACAUCAAAUCCUGGCCGCCUGCAGGUGUAUCGUUAACAGAUGAUGAAGCAGACAACAAUCAAGGGAGUCGCUCCUGUCUAGUUGCCAUUGGUAGAUUACAGGUUACUUGUUGCCCUGGUGACACAGACCUCAACAGUAUCAGCAUUCCAGUAGAGUUCAUCUCCCGCCACAACUGCCAGGGCAUGUUCACCUUCGUAGACCACCGCUGCUUGGCCUCUACUGGCUACCAGCCCCAGGAAUUACUGGGGAAGAAUAUUCUAGAUUUUUCUCACCCUGAAGACCAGGGGUUGCUGAGAGACAGCUUCGACCAGGUGGUUAAGCUGAAAGGCCAGGUUCUUUCGGUCAUGUUUCGGUUCCGUGCCAAAACAAGAGAAUGGGUGCUGAUGAGAACGAGCUCCUUUACUUUCCAGAACCCCUUCUCAGAGGAGAUCGAGUACAUCAUCUGUACCAAUGUCAAUGUCAAUAGAAACUCAACCCAGGACCCCCUCACUCCCAUCUCCUCCCCCGGGGCUCCUAUGCCCCUGGGUCAGAGCAGCCCAAAAGGCCAUCCCGUUGUUCUCAGUCCAGGCCCGAUGGCCACCAGACAGUUACAACAGCAGCAGCAGCAGACUGACCUGGAGGGAGGGGGAACGAGAGAUGGGAUGUACAAGCAGACAGGACCAAGCACUCUCCCACCACAGAUGCCCGUGCAGCCAGUGACAGCGGCGGGACCGGACCUCAAAAGCAUAGAGAAGCCAGAGCUCUAUCCUCCCGUCUUCCAAGGGCCAGAUCAGACCAAGGUCAUGCCAGCCAACUCUGCGCCUUCCUCUCAGAUUUACACCAACAACUUUUCUGCUGGUCGUUCCACUGAUUCAUACAGACCAGUCGGCAUGCCUCCACAGAUGACACAGCCAGCGCACUCAGCAACACAGAUGCUGCCUCACAUGUCUCAUCAGAAUGGAGCUCCGCAGUCAGUUACCCCAUCAAGCACUAACAGCCCCCUCCAUGGAGGACCACCAGGAGAGUGGCCCGGGCCUGGACCUGCAGCCAGACCACAGUUUAAUAACCAGGUUGCUACCCAGGCAGCAAAGACCAUGUCUCAACACUUUACUCCAAUGGGAGGAUUCGGAGGCGGCUCUUCUAACGCCUUCAGCCAGAUGCCUACAGGCGCUGCUCCCACGCCCACCAACGGCACAAACUACCCUCAGAUGAAUUCUCGUGCCAGCCUCAACAACAACGGCUAUGAUGGUUCCCAGUCUGGAGCCCAGUUCCCAUCUCGUGCAGCAGAGGCGGUGUGGCCUCAGUGGCAGGGACAACAGCAUGCUCAGAGCAAUGCAGAGCAGCAUCCCAACGCUCAGGGCAACCAGCAGGACAUGUUUCCUGAUGUGUUGUCUCUGCUAGACCAGCCUGCCAACUUCAGCAGUGACGACUUUGAUAUUCCCAUCUACCCGCCGUAUAACGACUGACAUGCUCUGCAACUCCUCCAAUCUUUCUCCCCCGGGUGAAUCUUUCCUUCGGAUCCUCUGCUCAUGAACUCUUCCUCCUCUUGAUAGUGGCAGUCUUCCCUUAUUUUCUGUGGCCUCAGCUGUAAGUCAGUUAAAGAUGAAGGGAUAUUUUACUGCACCUAAAUAAAGUAGAAAGUGAAAGAAUGAACUUAUAACAAAACAUAAAUAUUCCCAAAAUAUUCCAGUCAUUUUAAGAGAUUGCUCCAGCUAGCACUACCCAAAGCUCCUUACCGGUGUUGUAGAUAUGUGAUAUCAGUAUGUAUGAAUAUAUAGAUAUUUUAAAACGCACAAUCGCACGAGCACACUGGAAUGGACUUGAUGGAAAAACACAUGCACACACAGAAAAUGGCCUUUUGUUGUAGUAUGUCUGUGGUUUUUCUCAGGAUUAAUAGAAUAUUUUCCUAUUUUAGUCCUUAGCAGGUAUACUAAUUAUUUCACACAAUGAUUAAAGAUCUUGGGAAAUAGCAGGGAUAUAAAUGUUCAUUUAAUUCAGUUAUUUUUUUUUAAUUAUUUGCAUGAUUUUAUGGAGUUUUAUGUAGACAUGGUUGGCUUCAUCUAUGAAAGUUUGUUCUUUGCUCAUCGAGUUAUGGACUUCGACAAGAACACAUGGAUGGUUACAUACUUUUUAUUCAGCCUCUCUGCUGGUAACAUGCUUUUUUCCCCCAUCUUUGCUUACAGAUGCAUAUAUACAGUGUACAUGUGUGUGUUUGUGAGAUUUAUGCACUCAGUAUAAUUAACAAAAGGUUGUGGGGUAUCUACCUUGCUUCAUUUACCCUGUAUUUGUGGGGUUUUUUUUGUAUUCCUUUUUGUAAAAGAAAUGUAAAUGUAUAGAAAAAAAAUAAUCAGCAGCAAUAAUUGAAAAACAGCAAUUAUGUACCUUUAAAGCCAUUUUUACCAUUCAGUUUAUUUUAAUGUUUUAAAAUGCAGAGAUGUGAUUGUAAUCUUCUGGUUUUAAUUAUACAUCCUGAGUAUUUUAUUGAGCUAUUCCCUGCUUCUUUCUCGUUGGUAUUUUACGGUCAGAUGAGGGUAUUCCUGAAUUGAAAGCAAGUGGACCUACGUGUGAGAAUGUACAAACAGGUUAUUUUUUUUCUGGCUCAGUGGGGUUUUUCCUCUUUUUCGUGAUGUUUAUGUGAGGACUCAGUUUUUGCCAACAAGAUUUGUUCUGGACAGCUUUCAGAGGAGCAACGUGAAAUAAAACAUUUUCAUUUUUAGUGUGUUGAAUUUAUGGUUGACUUUUUUUCUUGUCUGUAUGGAACAUUCACACACUUUUGAAAGCAGAUUGUGUAAUUGCAGUGUAGAUAAUUGUGUGUUUUCUGAUCUUCCAGAGGAUGGCAUGUUGGUGAUUGUGUUCUUUGAUGUUUUUUUGUUAAAAGCAACUGAUUGCCCUGUAUCCAGGUUUAUUUUUCACUCUUAGAAAUACAAAUAUAUAAAUAUACUGUAUAUGUUUAUGAAAUUUUAAGAGAAAUAUUUGUUUUUCUUUUGUAAUAAAUCGUUAUAUUGUCAAGAUUGAA